AUGCAGCUCCUCAUACCAUCUCUGUACGUACUUAUGGCUCAUUUUAUGGGCACACUCUGUGUAGGUGAUAUCAUGCUGAAUUACAACCCUACUCCCCCGAGAUUUCCACCGUCCUUCGCCGCCUCUUUCGUUAUGAAAUUGCCCUAUAUUGAUCUUCACAUUCAGAUGACGGUUCGUCAAGUGAUGCAGUCGGGCUUACAGCACGUGAGCUUUUAUGAUGGGCUCGAGCAGCAUUUUGUCAAUAUGGCCUCUGACGAGAUCGCCCAUUUGGAUGAUUAUGUGGUCGACUAUCUCGCAGUGAACACUAUUGGAGACCAUGACAAUGAGAAGUAUGUGGAUCCUCUUCGAGUUGACGCUGUUCCACGAUCGGACACCCCUCCACCACCACGACGACAAUCUGUGGGAGGCAACGAUGUAUUUAAUCACUUUGGUCGCAACGCUCGUUCGUCUCUGGGAGCAUCUAAUGAGUUUGCUGCCUUCAAAGCACUUCAUCGUCGAUCAUAUGCGGACGACGAUUCAGCGUAUGAGAAGCGCUUCCGCGCUAAUCUUGCCUACAUAGACCGUGUCAAUGAGGCCAACAAUGGGGUUAGGUUGGAGGUCAAUAGCUUUGCUGACGGUCUCAACCAGCCUCCUAAAGGUCAUCGGGCUCGUAACGGGCCAAGAUCGCAUUCCCAUCCAUCUAGGUGGAAUCUACUACCAGCUAGUGAGCCUCUACCAGAGAGGUGGGACUGGAGAGACCAUGGUGCGAGCCCGCCAAUAAAGGAUCAAGGCACCUGUGGCAGUUGUUGGGCUUUCGCCACAAUAGGGGCUAUUGAAUCGAGGCACAAGAUCGUCAAUGGAGCUGGGGAGAAAUUAGCUGAGCAGUUCUUGCUCGACUGCACCUGGAAUGAGGUCAACGGCGCCUGUCUAGGUGGAAACUCUGAGCUCACUGGAGCAACGCUUCUGGAUAGUUUUCAAGGCUUUGUACCUUUGACUUCGGAAUACGGCAAGUAUCUGUCGGCCUCGUCAUAUUGCAAGUGA